AUGGCGACAAUCGUCUUCCUCUCUUCGUCGCCACCCAGAUUAUUUGCACAUUCACCAACCCCUGCUGACAGUUCUCCCUCAUUGCCCUCGCCCGGCGCAGUCCUUCGUGAACCUUGCAUAGGUUCUUUACGGUUCAAGUCAGCGGAUAGAACAAGAGAUGGAGUCUCCGGUGUGUUCAGCAAUGGCCGUUCAAUGCUGAAUCCCAAGCCCGGUGCAGAAAACAUACUGGUGGGCUCGCUGGGGCGGACGAAGUUCAAACAACCUGGAUAUCGGUCUCAAGAAGAGCCACUGCAAAAUGCCGAAAACGAACGCCGCGACGAAGGACAUCAUGAUCUGCCGUCACAUUCACCAUCCAGAAGUGCCGAUCGUCUACUUUUCGUAUAUGGUGAAGCGACUAGAGCGGGAUCCUUGUCACCAGAAUACAAUCCAUCCAGUCUUCAAGCCAAGACUGUGCCUGAACGUGAUUCAAUCCUCGUGGAGAGCCUUCGCCCCGAGGUGAACUCGGAAUCUGGUUAUAGGGAAAAAGCAUUGCCCAGGAAAUUGGACUGGACUCCGACCAAGUCCGCUGGUGUGCCACUUGAAGUGGCUGAGACUGAAAAUUCUGCCUUUGCGCAUGCCCUGAUGCAAAGUUACACAUUUGAGGGCCCUGUCAAAGACUCCAUAUCUGAAGGACAAAAUAUCAAUGGUAUACCACUGAAACGACGCCGCAUUGAUAUGUUGCACACCUCAGCGUUGCAAACCAAAAUAUCUCUGCCAGUCACAAAAGGUCGAAACACGGCAAAGCAAGAAAAGACGUUGUCGAUGAAGAAGACUAAGCCUUCUGUGAAGAAAGCUCUUACCAUCACACAUUUAGCAACUACAAACUAUGGCGAAGAACACCUCAAUCAGGGCAAGCCUGCAUCAAUGUUGGAGUUCUUGACUGCCACGCAAGUUCGUCCUGCUGAAGUAUGCUCGGUGGAAGAAGGCAGCAGUAAGAAGGUGAGGCCAAAACCCGGCACGAAGAAGAGCCGAGUCUCCAAAAAAGCUCCAUCGAAAAGUCGGCUGGUGUCUCCAGCGUCAGCGAUGAAGUCAUUGAAUGACCAGAGUAUGAUAUUUGGGUCUGCAAGUCAACUUGCUCGCGAGGAAUCCCCAUCCCUCAUUCGUGAUACUCUUAAGCCCACGAAACAAUCUGAAUUGUUCCUCUCGUCUGACAAUAUUUCACCCCAGAGGACACAAUUGACAUCAAUUGAGGCAAGCUCCCAGGAACUGUGUAAGGGUACCAGUCGCUAUGUCAAACGAAGAAAUUUAUGGGCCGCGGCCGGUAGAGAUCCGGACAACGCCCUUCUCCAUGUUGACACGAUAGAUCUCAGCGACUCACCCGCAAUCCGUUUUGCUUUUGCUGGGAAGGAUGUCCUUCUUCAGCCGGCAUCUGUAACUGACAAGAAGCAUGGACCUGUCUUAACAGGAGAGAACCGUAUGCACAGAACACCUUUGGCUCACAAGGGAAAUCUUCUCGUUGAUAUCGAUGAUAUCACUGCACCUGCAUUCAAGCACCUCAAAUCGCCAAUUCAGCUACAGACAAGGGCUUAUCAUACGUCAGCUUCGUUGGGAGCAUCAAGGAAAUCUCCUACUCCUGUAGCUGAGGAUCUGAUGGAACCUGCCGCUAAAAAGGCACUACGGCCAAAGUCUACAGCUGCUCCAACGAAGCCUUCCUUCAUGGGUUUGUCAGAUCACGACCUACAACGUCAGAUAUCCGCCUAUGGCUUCAAGCCAAUUAAGAAACGUGAGAAAAUGAUUGAACUCCUUGAAAUGUGCUGGGAAGAUAAAUAUGGUCCCGACAUUGGGAAAGACUCAAACCCCAAACCAGCUGGAAAGGAAACAGCUGAUGCCAUGACUCAUGCAGACUUCCUUAGUAAAGUCCAUGAUGUCUCCACUCGACCUGUGCCUAAAGUCAAGAAACCGAGGGCAAAGCGGAAAUCUGAGAAUGAUCCAUCCACAACCCCGAAAGAGCCAAAGAGGAGAAAGAACGCCGAGCCUAAAGUAAAGGCCCCCAAAGAGAAGGCGCCAAAGAAGCCUGCCGCCGCAAAACGAAAGAGCAAGACUUCCGAAUCAUCCGAAGAAAUCGUUCAUGAUGUCGAUGAUAUUGAAAACGUUGGGCAUCAUGAAUCCAAGCCUGCGACAGAGGCUGUCACAAAAGAAGUCAAAGCAGCCAAGCCAAAGAAGUCCUCUAAGCUAGCUAUGCCUCUGCCUACGCUCACACCCGAUGUUCCCUCGUCACCAACCUUUGAAACUCGCAAAGAAGACGAAGACAUAAAUCCAGACGGUCUCACGCUCAAGGUCUCCGGGACGCAACCAACAAUCCUCUCACCCAUCCAGACUCCUCUCCUCCCAGACCUCCAAUCUCAAAUCCGCACUGCGAUCAUGUUCAAGAAUCCUCCUCCUUCAAGCCACAAGCAAUUUUCGGAUCCCGCCUCGAAGUCCUCCGGGUCAAAAGCAGCUUCCUCCAACCACAGCAAAGCUCCGACUGGUUUGGCCAUAACGCCUACCUGGCGCGAGAAGAUCCUCAUGUACGAUCCAAUAGUGCUAGAAGACCUGACAGCGUGGCUCAAUACAGACGGUUUCCGCUCCAUCAAGGAAGACCGCCAGGUCACUGCUCUUGACGUCCGUGACUGGUGUGAGGCCAACGGUGUCUGCUGCUAUGGCGUUGGGGGUGGCUGGCGAGGCAAUGGGAGGAAGAAGCAGGCCCCUGAGAGUGGCUAG